UAAGGGACCUUAUUCCCUAAAAUGAUUAUUUUUCAAGAAAAAAAUAUCAGAAUCCCAUUUUUCUGUUUGGUUCUAAGCUCCACAGACACCUUGGAAAGGAUUUCAGUCCAGUGGACAAACCCUAACUUUUAAAAGAACUUAAGAGGGAGGAUUACAUCAUAGCUGUGUAUCUUAAGCUAUUCUAUGUGGAACUAAUAAGGCCUUCCCCCCCAAAUAACACUAAAUCCUCAGCUCUUAACCACAGUGAAAACAUUGUGAGGGUUAAUUAAUAUUUUUAAGUACUCUGGGAUCUUUAGUUGGGAAACUUGGUCCAAGCACCACCAUGUAUAUCAUGAGGAUAGUAGACAUUACCGGUGAUAAUUCUGUGGUGUGUAAAUUUAUUCUUCUAAUAAAUAUUUGUCAUGAUCCACCUAUGUACCAGCCCAGGAAAGUAAUGAACGACCAACCCCACCACCACCACCAUUCCCCUCUCCUGCAGCACACACGCACAGUAGAAGAAGAAAGGAUGACAACAGCAACACGACAAGAAGUUCUUGGCCUCUACCGCAGCAUUUUCAGGCUUGCAAGGAGAUGGCAGGCGGCAUCAGGGCAGAUGGAAGACACCGUCAAAGAAAAACAGUAUAUACUAAAUGAAGCUAGAACCCUGUUCCAGAAAAACAAAAAUCUCACAGACACAGACCUGAUUAAACAGUGUAUAGACGAAUGCACAGCCAGGAUUGAAAUUGGACUACAUUACCAGAUUCCUUAUCCUCGGCCAAUUCAUCUGCCUCCGAUGGGCCUUACCCCUCUUCAAGGUCGGGGACUUCGAAGCCAAGAGAAACUGAGAAAACUUUCCAAACCAAUAUAUCUCAAAUCUCAUGAUGAAGUUUCCUAAUCCACAAGAAUGGGAAUUAUGAGCCAGCUAGGUCUUGAAUGUAAACCAGAUGCCAAAACAGUUUUUGAUUAGGGGCAAAAAUUCAAAUAUCUUUUUAAAACCUCCAAAACUGAUUCUCACCCCAUGAAGUGUGUUCACACAUCCCUAGAGUUGGUCAGGGAUAUGUCAGUUUGCCUGAGUGGAUGGCAUUAACCCUAGAAGUCAUGAACCUUAUAUCCUCACUAAAGUUACCUUUGGACACAAUACAGUGAAGGACGGAAAGCUUUUCAUGGGAAUGCUGUUUACCACAUGUGCCAACUGAUGCAAAAACCUCAACCAGUUGCUGGAAUUUUUUAUGGUUACUAUAAAACUAUGUACCUUGCUCAGACUUUUUUUUUCAAGUUACAGAUUUACUUUUAAAUGGAGUGUUUUGUGUAUGCUUUUUUUGUCUUUUGACCCUUCCAAUUUCCAGAUAAAUUACCUUUAAAAAGUACAUCAUUGGAUUGAUCAUGGGUUUUUAUUGCAAUUUUAUGUGAGACUCAUUUCUGUCUUAGUUAUAUGCAUAUGUUUAUCUUAUCUGAAAACCUGUGAUUACUUAGAAUUCACUUAGGAUCACACAAGUUCACUUGAAGCUCAUACUGCAUUCAUUAUGAGUAUUUAACAUAAUCGAAAAAUACAAGGUCUAAGCUGGCUUUCAAAUUAUGUCUAAACAGAAUUGGGGCAAAUAUAGAUGAAAAUAUAAAGGAUUUUAUAGGACUUUACCCCUGCAUGUACAGUCAGGUGACAGUCCCAGGCCAAGUUGUUUGUACAUCAGUAUUAUCUCCCCUUACCAUAAAGAAGAUGGGCAUCACCAAUAAAGGCAAAUCGAUUCGG